AUGUCUCAACCCAAAUUCGUCCAUUGCGUUGGAAGCCCAGCAUUUAAACCAGAUGAUGCUAUUGAAGACAUCGACCGCCAGAAGGAAGCUGUCGACUAUCUGCUGAAGAAUGACCUGUACAACGCCAGUCGAGUACUAUUCCAGCUUCCCGAUCCGGAUCCCUACACAUAUCAUGCCAUAACAAGUGUAAAGCUUGCCCAGGUGCAAUCUGUCGUGAAUCUCGGAGGCAGCAAUGGCCUGCAUGCCUGGUACCGUGACGACGACGGCUCACCAAGAGAUCCGCCUCCUCAGACCGAUGUUGAAGCAUAUGCCUCUAUUUUCAGACCAUCAACGGCAACUGGUGCGGUUCUCAAGAACCUGGGAACCAAUGCUAAAAAAGGCUCAACGAGAAGUGAGGUCGCAGCCAAUCUAGAGAGAAAACGAUAUCUACACCCGGGGCUCGUAACGAAACUCACUGUUCCCAAGUCCAAGAAACCGCCUAGCACAAACCCAUAUCUGGAUUUCUGGAUGUGGUCAUGCCACUCCCUAGAGUGGUGCGGUCCUUGCCCGGCAUCAGAACGUGUUGCCACAAGCCAUCACGUUCUGCCCAUCUUCAUGCAUCACUUUGGCUGUGCAACACCAACUCAUGAAAGCCUCUCAGUUCUCAAGAUCCUGGCUGAUGGGCGCCCUAUUGCGGAUAUAGGGUCAGGAAAUGGAUACUGGGCCUUUAUGCUCCGUCGUUACGGCCUGACAGUACACGCGGUGGAUAACAUGCAGAGCGAAUGGCGAGUCAAUUGGGUCAAUGACACAGUCAUUUCCGACGGUACCAAGUGGUUGCGCAAGAACUCCAAUGGAAAAGAAAUGGUACUCCUACUCGUGUACCCUGUCGUUGGCGGCAGCAUAGGUGGUGGUACUGAAGGAGGCUUUACGAGAAACCUUGUGGCUGCAUUCGAAGGCGACACUAUCGCGGUCGUGGGCACGCAAAACCGAAACGGUUACACAGGAUUCAAGGGAAUAACUAUGGACGAGUUCAUGACGAGUGAGCAUAAGGAUUGGACCAUGGUCGCCAAGGUUGCCUUACCUUCGUUUCCUGGCAAGGACGAGGCACUGUAUGUGUUCCAACGUGGCGAAAGAGUGCCAGUGCAAUAG